UUGUCGACAAACCUUUCAGAAUAGGACGACACGCAUUUAUAAAUUCGUAGUCACAAAUAACAAACACCUAAAUCGAAAAUCAUAGGUAUUUUCAUAUUUCGAGAAGAGGCACUUUAUAUAUAGUACAUAUUACACAAAUUCCAAUAUUUUAAGCCAAUUACCAUAUUUAAAAAAUACUGUGAAGGAGAUAGGGAUUUCACUUAAAUAGGUGGCUUAUAUAAUUUUUUCUUAAGCACACUUGAUUAUUUACGUAACGGCAAACGAUGAUAUAGAACAAUAACUUUCUCUCAUUUCAUCGAACAACUAUAAUAAAAAAACAUAUGACGUAGUAGCAUAGUUACAUAAUCCAUAUAUAAGAGAAACAGCCUUGGAACUGAAGUCUACAAUAACCUUAAUUGAUACGCAUACAUAAAUUCAUACAAUCAAUAAAGUUGGAAUCUGUAGAAAAUGUGGUUCAUUAACGAAAUCAAAAAAAGAAGCCAACACGCAACAAGAAAUACAAGCUUAACUGCCGCAGUUGACGUUUGGGUAUUGAAUGUCAAUAAACCAAUAAAUAAAAAUUAACAAAAUUCAUUUUCGUGUGCAUUGCUAAUGUUUGCUAUUAUUUCUUCAACAUUGAAACAUAGAAAAAACAAUCAUAUAAAUAUAUUAACAAAAUACCAAACAAAUACAAAUCGGCAUCAGCACCGCAAAAUGCCAAAUAAUCGGUGGUACCUUCAGCGAAAACGAAACUGUCAUCGAAAUUGCCAGCACUUUCAACAGCAAAAACAAAUACUGCACCAUCAUUCACUUUCAACCAAACACCUCAGACGUUACGACGACCUACUCCAACUGGUUGUGGUUAUCGCAGUUAUUUUACUUAACAGUGUAGCUGAGUACAAAGCUACAGCAUCAGCCGCACAAGUGGUUGCUGCAACAGAAGCAGGACCCACUAGUGGUGUGCUCUUUGAUGAUAUUAGAAGAAAUGACAAUGAAAUUAUCAGCAACCUUAUUGAAAGUCCUUUGACCACUGGCACUGCCACUGGCAGUGGCCCUGGCACCUGGAGCAGUGGAACACAACAUCGCAAUGGAUUACACACACCGUUUUCUUCAUUAGAUAAAGAAGUAGUUGAUCGUAUAAUUAAACAAUGGGCACCAAUUGUAUGGUUGGCACCAGAGGAGAAAUUUAUGCCUCUCGGAGUUGAAGAAUUUCUUAACCAUGUACAUCCCAUGGAUAAAGGCAAAACUUUUAUACCUGGCAUGCCAAUUGGCGAUGAUUCGAAAAAGGCAUAUUUAGUGACAAAUACGGAAGUCGACGAGCUCUUGGAAAAUGAAAAAUCCUUUAUCUAUGGACGUAACCCAAACGAAUCGCCUGUACCAAUUUACGCCGUAGUUACGCUUUGUAAUGAGGCAGUAGAGGCAUCUACCUUAAAGUCGUCGGCUUCGCCAACAAUGCACGCUGCCCAAUUUAAUAUUUCUCAACAAAAACCAAUAAAAAUAACCGGCUCGCAGAGAUUCGUUCCCGGUGGUAGUGCAACAUCUACUUUUCAAAGCCCGCCCCUGUCAUUGCUGGCAGUAAGUAGCACACGCGGACCUUACAUACCGGUUUCCAUUGAUCCACUGUAUGAACGUAACGACACCGUGCGCCGUUCAUCGCGUCUUUAUCCAGAAUUCAAACGCGUCCGACGGAAUACUCUACACAAUAAUUUACCAGUGGAUUCGCCUCCUGCGUUGUCACCACCAAUUUUGCUCAAUCUACCGCCAAAAGGAUUAGUUGUAGAACCCUAUGACGAUCUUGUUCUGGGCGAAAGUCAUCCCAUUGAAGUUGAGAAAUCAAAUCAUGUAAAUGCACCGAGUACAGAUGCACCAAUCAAAGCAGACAGUAGCGGGAAAGUGAAUAAUUUCAUAGCUAAUUUGGCAGACAAUGUAAAAUUCAGUAUGCCAACCCAAGAGCUUUUGGAGGAUUAUAACAACGAUAUAGAUAGCAAUUUCGCAACAGAAGGACCACUUUUCAUUGAUGCCAAUAACCAAAGCAAUAGAAAGAGACGUAAAAAUGUGCCUAGCUUUCAUGUGACUUACUGGAUGUUUUAUCCGUAUAGUCAGGGCAAAACUAUGUGCACGCUGAGCCUAGGACCACUCGGUAGCAUUCCGUUUCCAGCAGUUUAUGGUUUCUGUUUGGGGCAUCGCAAAGAUAUUGGCAGUCACAUUGGGGACUGGGAACAUAUGAGUUUAUAUUUUACUAGUGGUGCUGAACCAGAAGCAAUGUACGUUUCAGCACACGACGCAGGCGCAUACUACUCUUACAAUCGGUUAACCGGUUCAUUUGAAUUUAAAAAACAAGAAACACGCAAAGGCAUAUUACAAAGACCAAAUUUUCCAAAAACUGUUACCACAUUUAAUAAUCAUCCAGUACUCUUUGCAGCAAAAGGUUCACACGGCCUUUGGACUGCACCAGGAAAACAUCGUUUUGUCAAAGUAGCUCGACUGUAUGACAUAAACGGUUUUGGAACACCUUGGAAUACGUGGAAAUCGGUGGAUAUUACUUAUAAGAAUUUAAAAUCCUAUGGACGCGCCCUGGUACCAUCAUGGCUGUCAUUUAAGGGUAAAUGGGGCAAUCCUAAGAGCAAAUGUCAUCCAUUCCGACGAAUCGGUUUGAAUUUUUGCGAGUAUACAGAUGGUCCCACGGGUAUACCAUUAAAAGAGCCGCAUUUCCAAUGUGCUGCAGCUUAAUUUAAUAAUGUUGUUUUAUGUUUAAGAGUUAGGCUAAGUAAUUUUAAUAUUUAUUGCAGAUAUGUAUUAAGCUUAAUGAAAAAUAUGUACUGAGUAUAAAAUAACCUGUUGAUUUUCUCAAUCUCCCACAAUUUUUUAUGCAGAUUUUUGACGUGCUAUUCAACUUUCAUAAGUGAAAAUUAAAUGCUUGUUAAUCACGCAGAAAUAAAACAAAUCAGA